CUUUUACAAGGGAGUUUAGAGAGAGUGAAUUCGGAUCCCCUUCUUCGAGGGUUACAAGAGGUAUAUAUACUAAGCUGGGGGGACAGGACCACGUGCGCCCACGUGGGGGCAUGCUGCUGAUGUGGUGCGAGGUGACUGGUUUCGUCCUCGAGCUGCCCUGUCGCCUUCUGAGGGGAAUCACUUCCCCUGUCGCGUUCUGGCUUGGAAAAAUGCCUUCAGGAUCUCCACUGAUUCCUCAGCAAUGCCAACCACUACAGUCCAAGUCCUUUUGGACUCUUCCUGCCGACAUCCUCCAAUCUUCAAAAACUGCACUGGGAGAAAGCCAAACCUUGACUAUUGAGGAGUCUCCUCACGUUGUAUUUUCCAAAGAUAACCCUCGCUUGGCGAGAAAGGAUAUUUGUGAUGACCUUGCAGAUUCAUUAGAGAGAAUACACGUUGAUGACUAUGAGGAGAACACGGGCAUUUACACCAACACACAGCCACAAACUGAGGAAAUACCUCAUGAAACUAACCAAGGUGAUGAUGAAAGACAAGAGGAAGAAGAAGAACAAGAGGAACACGAAGAAGAAGAAGCAACCGAGCUUCCUAUUGCAUGGAGAACAAACAAGAACCAUCCGCUUGAUCAGGUUAUCGGCAGCAUCAACCGCGGGGAAAGAAGACAAAGGCUUCCAAGAAGAAGGGCAACGCCGAAGCUAAGACCUCAGCGCCCCCGCUACCUCGAUGGAUCCUUCUUGGAGUUCGGGUCGGAGGAGGAACUCACCCGGUUUCUCACAUACUUCGCCAAGCGCCCGAUCUCUCCGUCCCGCGUGCUCCCGGAGCUGUACCCUCAACAAAAGGGGUACCACGACCUCGACAAUCAACUCAAAGAGUCGGGUCUGUGGUCGUUCGUCUCCAGAAGCCGUCAAUCCUACAAUCCCGCCUACAUCCGAGCUUUCUACUCAAAUCUCCGCCGGGACGGGGACACCAUUCGCAGUAGCAUCAAUCUCUACGACAUAGAGAUUGAUUUGGUUACCUUCGCUCGGGUCGCAGGGCUGCCCACCCGCGGUGACGACAUCGCAACAUAUGGCGGCGAUGAUUGGAUCCUCAACAACGAGGCGGUGGUCAUCCGAGAGCUGGGAAUCACCAACCUCGAUCUCAAGGCCGUUCAUGCUAUCACCCAUGGCGCCUCAAUCAAUUGGGCAAAAUACGUCAUGAUUCACAUGGCGGAUUGUGCCUCCAUCACCAACGAGCGGAGCUUACCUUACGCCUUUCUCAUCAUGGAUCUCAUCGUCUCUACCGACAUCCACAUCGCCGGGCCGGACACGAAGAUGACAAAGCUGUGGAUCAUCCAAGAUAGCACCUUCCGGAAGAAGUUCGGAGACCAAGGCGGCGCCGGACCGAGUCGUGCCCGUGCCCCAGCCCGUGCCCCUGCCCCCGCUCCCGCCCGAGCAUCGUUGCAAUCCAUAACCGAUACUCUAAAUCGGCUAACCCUCACAGUGGAUGGCAUGGGGCAGUCAAUCGAGCGAAUGGAUUGGACGUUGCAACGCCAACACCACGACAUGAUGGCAUACUUCCGUGGCGUCAACUACGUUCCGCCACCAUUUGACAGCACCAUUCUCGGCCAAAACUUUGAAGGCGAGGAUGAGGACGACAACUCAUACGCUCCGUCCUCCUCCCCCAACGAGGCCGACUUUGACGACGCGGUCGACGGGGAUGCCAUGGACAUCGAGGACGACGAAGAAGACGAUGACGCCGAGGACGAGGACGCCGCAGCCUAGACUCUUCUUUCUUUUCCCUCCUUACUAUGAUUGUCUUUUUUUAUUAUUUCCAUUCCGUUGUAUUCCGCAUUUCCUUUUUUAAGAAAUAAAAGUUCACUUUUAAAAUCUAAAGUUUACUUUUAAUUCUUUUUGUUAAUGUCAAAAGGGGGAAGAUAUCAAGGGAUCAACUGGAGAGUUAUACGAGUGACUACACUAUGCAGGUCCUGUUUGGCUACUGUGUGGUGUACAUU